AUGACCUCUGUGAGAGAAUGCGAGGUGAGAAAUGAGCGAUUGAAGCUCAAAUCUGCUCUCAAACGCUACCAAGCACUGCAACGAUUCGUCGACUUUUCACAAAAAUUAGAGGAUUUUUGCAAAUUCAUCGACGACGAUUCAUUGGGUCCACCUUUCACUCAAAUUGAGGCUUUCCGUUUGAUCCUUUUGCUCAAGUCGAUUGAGAUUUGGGAAAGACAAAUGAAUGGCGAAAUGGCGAGAUUCGCGUGGUGGAAAUGUGAACAUCCGGGAGAAGCGGUUGAUCGGCUGUGGAAUGAGGGGAUUGAUCAGGCCCUCUUCCACCUGAUCUCUUGGUCGUUCAACGUACGCUUUGAGAUCUUUGCCACUUCACCGAAAAUGAAAUCCACUCGCGAUCCCUCCCCACAACACUACACAAUCGGUGAGAGGCGAUCGAUGCCGAUUCACUUCAUUCAACACGAAAAUCUUUUUCAUCCACUCUAUCGUGUCCCCGAUGAU